GUUUAAUUUCAUUAAUAUAAAGCCCACUACAAGUUAAUUUAAUAAUUUCAUUAAACUAAAACAACAAAUAUAACAAGAGGGUCCUUUAAAAGGUUCUCUCUCUCGUGCUUCCACUGCGGAGUUCAUGUUGUUUGCCUAUGACGCCUUCCCUCGUCGAUUUCACCGGUUCCUUCUCAGAACCUCACAAGAAAUUCUCAAUUUCGGAUUAGGGGUUCUUGCCACGCAAUUCGCUUCCGGUUUACGAUCUUCUGGAUAUGGCGGGGAAACGGAUCAUAGCGAUAUGUAUGGCCGGAGGGGAAUUUCAUACAGAGAAGGGGGGUUGCCUUUCUUACAAGGGCGGCGAUGCUCAUGCCAUAGACGUAGACGAGCAGAUGAAGUUCACAGACUUUCUGUCUGAGAUUGCAGAGAUGUUCAACUGCGACAUCGGGACGGUGUCUUUGAAGUACUUUCUCCCGGGUAACAGGAAGACGCUAAUCUCGAUCUCGAACGAUAAAGAUUUGAUGCGGAUGAUCAAGUUCCAUGGCAACUCGGAUACCGCUGAUGUUUAUAUCAUCACAGAAGUAGAUGUUCCGGAUGUUUCGAACAUGCCUGGUAGCAGAUCAAGCAGAACGACGCUGUCUGAAGCUGUUCUUCCGUUUCCUCCUCCGAUGAACAUAGUGGACGACAUCAUGGAUGAUACAACAGAACCACAGCCAGAACUGGAACCAGAAACCGACCUUCCCCUGUCGGUUGUUGGCAUGGAGCAAACCGUAAAUCAUGCUGCAGAUGCCCCGAUGGAUAUACCUCUCGAUAUGAUGUCGGUUAUUCCUGUCCCGAGUCCGAAAGGCGACAGGCUCAUCGCCAAGGCAACUCAGCAAUGGCAGAACACAAUCACGGGGGUCGGACAGAGAUUCAACAGUGUCACGGAGUUCCGGGAAGCACUGCGGAAGUACGCAAUCGCCAAUCGGUUUGCGUUUCGCUACAAAAAGAACGAUAGCCACCGAGUGACCGUCAAAUGCAAGGCCGAGGGCUGCCCCUGGAGGAUCCACGCAUCUCGGCUAUCUACUACUCAGCUGAUCUGUAUCAAGAAAAUGAACCCGACGCAUACUUGCGAAGGCUCGGGUGGGACUGACGGGCUUCACACGAGUCGGAGCUGGGUAGCGAGCAUUAUAAAGGAGAAGCUGAAGGUUUCCCCGAACUACAGGCCGAAAGAUAUUGUCAACGACAUCAAGCAAGAGUACGGAAUCCAGCUGAAUUACUUUCAGGCGUGGCGCGGGAAAGAGAUCGCGAAAGAGCAGCUUCAGGGCUCGUACAAAGACGGUUACAAACAACUGCCAGUAUUCUGUGAGAAGAUCAUGGAAACGAAUCCUGGCAGCCUUGCCACCUUCACGACGAAGGAAGAUUCGAGCUUUCACCGCCUUUUCGUCUCGUUUCACGCCUCGCUCUAUGGUUUUCUUCAGGGUUGUCGCCCGCUCGUGUUUCUCGACAGCGUACAUCUUAAAUCGAAGUAUCAGGGGAACUUGUUGGCUGCGACUUCUGUCGAUGGCGAUGACGAAGUGUUUCCGCUCGCAUUCGGGGUUGUGGAUGCAGAGACGGACGAUAACUGGCGAUGGUUCUUGCUUCAGCUGAAAUCCGCGCUGUCCACAUCGUGUCCGAUCACGUUCAUAGCGGACAGACGGAAGGGUCUGCGGGAAUCGAUCCCCGAGGUUUUCGAGGCUUCGUUCCAUGCGUACUGUCUGGGUCACUUGACCGAAGAGCUCAUCAGAUGCCUGAAAGUACCGUUCUCUCAUGAGGUAAAACGCUUGAUCGUCGAGGAUUUCUACGCUGCGGCAUAUGCUCCGAGACCCGAUGCAUUCCAGAGAUACGUCGAGAACAUCAAAGGGAUCUCGCUCGAAGCCUACGACUGGAUCUUGCGGAACAGCCAGCCCGAUCAUUGGGCAAACGCAUAUUUUCCCGGAUCGCGUUACAACCAUAUGACGUCGAAUUCGCAUGAGCUCUUCUUCAACUGGGCGUCCUACACGAACGAUCUCCCGAUCACACAGAUGGUCGACAUGAUCCGUGGUAAAAUCACGGAUCUGUUCCACGCGAGAAGAGCCAACAUGGCUGAGACAGAGGCCGCGGGAAGGCUGACGCCCUCGAUGGAGGGCAAGCUUGAGAAGGAGAGCCUGAAAGCGCAGACGCUUUGCGUGACAUUUUCGGCAGACAGCAACGAGUUUCAGGUCCGAGGGGACACGUAUGAGGUCGUGAACAUGGACCGAUGGGACUGCAGCUGCAAAGACUGGCAGAUGAGCGGCUUACCGUGUGCCCACGCGGUCGCUGUCAUCGCCUACAUUGGCCGCAGCCAUUACGAUUUCUGUUCCAGGUACUUCACCCUCGAAAACUACAGGCUAACAUAUUCGCAGUCUGUAAACCCGAUCCCGUCGCCAGACCGAGAGAUCCCGAGGGAUAGCUCGGGGGGUUCCGUGGUGACGGUGACUCCGCCUCCGACACGGCGGCCGCCCGGGCGGCCGGCGUUGAAGAAGCCGGAAGCGGCGGUGGGGCAGGAGGCGAUGAAGCGGCAACUGCAGUGCAGUAAGUGCAAGGGACUUGGCCAUAACAAGUCUACUUGCAAAGACGAUCUUUUAGAGUGCUAAUUUAGGAGGAUUCGCUCACGCUUUUUUUUUCUUCCUCAGGUUUUAUAUGAACCUCUAACCACGGCUUCCAUACGUUCAUGAAUCUUUUAUUGGAUUGGACAGUAAACAAGUCAUAUAAUAAUCUGUUUCCCCGCUUUUACAACACUGAA